GAUUCAAUUAUUUUGUGAAUAAUAGUGUGGAAAAAAUUGUAUUUUUGUAAGGAAAAUGUCUGAAAGAAAAGUGUUAAAUAAAUAUUAUCCACCGGAUUUUGAUCCGUCAAAAAUUCCGCGUAUGAAGUUGGCGAAAAAUCGUCAAUAUACAGUACGUUUGAUGGCCCCUUUUAAUAUGAGAUGUAAGACCUGCGGUGAAUAUAUUUACAAGGGUAAAAAGUUUAAUGCACGCAAAGAGGACGUUGAAAAUGAGACCUACUUGAAUAUUCGUAUAUAUCGCUUUUACAUAAAAUGUACUCGAUGCUUACAAGAAAUAUCAUUCAAGACUGAUCCCAAAAACACUGACUAUGAAAUUGAAGCGGGUGCGACGCGUAACUUUAUGGCUUUAAAAUUGGCAGAAGAACAAGCUCGCAGGGAAGAAGAAGAGGCUCGUGAAGAAGAAACAAAUAAUCCAAUGAAAUUACUAGAGAAUCGUACCCAACAAUCGAAAAAUGAAAUAGAAUUGUUGGAAUCUCUAGAAGAGUUACGAGACUUAAACAGACGUCAAGAAACUGUAGAUUACGACUUAAUGCUUAAACAAUACAAUGGCGAAGAUAAAAUUAAAAGGAUUAUGGAAAUGGAAGCGAAAGAAGAUGAAGAGACGAUCAAAUCUAUGCGUUUAAAACAUAAAAGAUUGCAAGGAGACGCCAAGAUUUUGGAAGAAACAAUUGAACCCGUGGAAGCUCCAGCGAAAAUGAAAAAACCCAAUACAAAAACUAAAGUGGAAACAUCUACAAGUCAGUGUUCAAGUCGAACGCAAAAAAAUAUUUUAUCAAAUAUAAUUAAACGUAAACUACUUGACGAAAAUUUAUCUAAGCCCAAAGUGGUGGGAGGUUUGUCGCUUGUUAAUUAUUCCGAAAGUUCCGAUGAUAAUUCCGAAUAAAAUGUUUGUAAGCAAAUAAUGAAUAAUGUCCUUGUAAUAAGGUAAAUAGGGUUUUUAAUUGCACGCUCGUCUUUCGUAUAUGUUCCUUUUUGUAGCCCUACCAUAUAUAAACCUAUGUAUCGGCAGUAUCAACAAGUUUGGAUAAUACUGAAAAAUACACUUAUUCCCGGGACUAUUUAAAUAGAAACAGUAUGGAAAUACCUUGAUCUGCAUCAGGCAUUUAGUUCGACAUUACAUUACAGUAACUAGACGCAAACAUGUGCAAGAUAUAGGGCUUUUCUGAUUUAAUGGAUGAAGAAGAAUAUCACUUUUCAUAAGGAUGACGAAAUCCUUGAUUAAUAGCCCUUUGUGCUUCUUGCUGCAAAUUUUAUGGAUAGCUGUAUCUUGAGAACUAAUUGUCUCGCUGGAUUCGGUAAACUUCGGUAAACAAUACAUGGACUACUUCUUAGAAAAUGGUGCAUGACGCCUGUUUGAACGUCUAUCCAGAUUACCUCUCAUGACUAUCGAUAUCAUCCUCGUUUAAAGUAUUACUACUUAAUUCCGUUUGCUGUGCUAUUUAUAUUUAUUCAUUUUUUCAAACAUUACUUCCUUGUUGUGUGCCUCAAAUGUUUCAUUUAUCAAUGUCCUCAAUUACAAUCGAGAUCGCGCGAGCAAAGGAAGGCUUGUAGGCGGCAACUAUACACUUUAAUAUGUUUAAAAUUUCUUGUUUUUCAUAUAUAUUUACCCAAAAAUAUAUCUUAAGGAACGUACUUUGAUGUUAUGGAUAUUAUAAGUUAUAACUAUUCGUGACGGGAAUGCAUCAUAUUUAUGUUCGUCUUGUUAGGCUUGGAGAUAAUCUCCAGUGCACAGUCGUAUAAGACAGGCACCUUGGAAGGUAAUUUUCUUUGUCAUUGGAUCCUUUACUUGGUUUACGACAAAGUAUUUAUAAAACAAAGUAUAGAAAAGUAUGACGUUAAUGUUUGCCUUCUUAUCAAUCGUUUAAUGAAACUGGUGCGCAUAUCACCAGAUAAAUCGAAUUUUUUUUAAGUCGAAAGAUGGAGACAUGCACUAUUAAUGCUUUCGUUUUUAACAUGCAGAUACUCACAUCAAAGACCCCAUAAAGAAUGUAGGUAGUUUCGAACUUCAAAAGCCCUCGCUCAUCUAAAUCCAAUCACUACUCACACGUCAUUUAAAAUUUCAGUGCAAUGUAGGGUACCCACGAAGACGAUAUUAAUAAGCAUUUUCCAAUCCACAGCGAAUGCUUAAUUAAAGUUUUCUGAACUACUUUGCGAGGUUAACUACAAGAAGAGGGGUGUGGGAUCAUCUAGUACGCCCACCUACACUAAACCGCUGCAAUUGCCAUAUAUAUUAACUUGAGAUGGAUUGCGUUAAAAAUUCAUCCUCAUGGAAACCAAACUAUCUCACGUAUUACUUUAUAAAGACACCAAAGUGGGUUUAAAAAUAGCUUUAGAAAUUUGGUCGGAAAUAGCAUGCCAUCGAUCAACAGAUUGUUACAUUUGUGCGUUAAUGUCCAUUAUUGAGUAAACUCAAUUCAAGGAGCUUACAGUACCGUGUACACUAAGAACACCUAUGUUUUUCAAAAGGAGUAAAAAAUUGGUUUUUGCUCAUUACUCAUAAACUAUGGCAGAUAAACGUACAAAAAUUUGAAACGCAUAUGGGUAAUGCUGCAGUCUCUGCACAAGAAUGAGAAAAAUUGACCACGUCUACUCAAUAUUAUAGCGUAUCAUAAUUAAAUUUUUUUUCAAUGU